AUGCCCAGCAAUAUGUUCUUUUUGUUCUUUUUCUUCGUAAUACUGGCAUCCAUUGAAGCAGGAGCUGGCAUCAGUUUACUGGCCACACCAGGGACGCUUGUCAUUGGGUUAACGAAGACCCUAGAGGUCAAAUGUCAAACCACGACGGACGGUAACUCCAGCUUCGCUAGUUUAAUCUCGCUCAUCGUCUCUAGAAAAUCUGGCAACAGCACGGUCUCCAAGGAACUCUGCACCAUCAACGUUUUCAAUCAGAACGGUCAGGCAGUCGAUGUCUCUGAUGAAAACAUCACGGUUUCGGGGAAAAUUGGCAACAACGGUGUGUCAUACUUGAGUCUGGUUUGGGAAAACCCGGACUUUUCUCAAGCUGGGGAAUACAAAUGUGAAGGCAACGGCGUUGACGCCAUGGGACAUCCGGUUUUAAGUAACACCACAACUAUGGUGACCUCUAGCAUCGCGGAUGACGACACAGUGACCAACCAUGUCCAGAAUUUGACCUCUAAAAUCGACCACUUAACAAGUUUAGUCGAGGAGAUUUUAGCUAAGCAAGACGCGACUAAAACUAAGCUUGAAGUUAUAAAGAAUACAGUUUUUAAAAUCUCCUCGCUGUAUCACGGCAGUCGCUACCUGCUUUCCCCACUUCUGAACACAAUCAUCGACAAACACGCCUCAGCCAUGUGUCAGCUCUUUAACGGCUACCUCGCGGAGAUUGACUCCAGCUCAGAGUUCCAGUUUGUGGUAGACUUCGUUUACUCCGACCCUCGAUACAGCGGCGUGUUGCUAGGGGCAACGGACGAGCACCAGGAGGAUGUCUGGGUUAACAGGCACAGCCAGACCCCCGCGGGUUACCUCCACUGGGCCCCAGGGUCACCGAAAUUCUCCCGCCUACAGAACUGCUUGUACCUGUGGUACUACGGCCGGACCAUGAUUGACGGUAUGUGUGAGUAUGUGCCGCAUGAUUUCUCUUCAACCUACGGGUACCUGUGUGAGGUGCAGGAGUAGCUCUUCACAUUUACAUACCUUCAGUAGAAUUGUUUCUUUAUAUACAAUAUAGAAAAUAAUUUUUAAAAGUAAAAAUAAAACAGUUAUUUUAAUUAUUC